AGCCCGAGCGCGGAAUCCGGGGGCGGGAGGGGAGUGCCGCGCUGGCUGCUAGAGUGACCCACUGGGCUUCACGUUGCUGUCGCGGCGAUGGCUUCCUUCGUUACGGAAGUUUUGGCUCACUCUGGGAGCUUGGAGAAGGAGGAUCUCGGCACCCGGAUCUGUCGUCUGACCCGGCGGGUGGAGGAGAUCAAGGGUGAGGUGUGCAGUAUGAUCAGCAAGAAGUACAGUGAGUUCCUUCCAAGUAUGCAGAGUGCGCAAGACCUGGUUAUCCAGGUGGAUAAGUUAUCUGAUGACAUUGACCUGUUGAAAUCCAGGAUAGAGAGUGAGGUCCGCCGGGAUCUUCAUGUAUCGACUGCUGAAUUUACAGACUUGAAGCAACAACUGGAAAGAGACUCAGUAGUCCUGAAUUUGCUUAAACAGCUACAAGAGUUUUCUACUGCUAUUGAAGAAUAUAAUUGUGCAUUAGCAGAGAAGAAGUAUGUCACUGCUGCUCAGCAUCUGGAAGAGGCACAGAAAUGCUUGAAGUUAUUAAAAUCAAGAAAGUGUUUUGAUUUAAAAAUGUUGAAAUCGCUCAGCAUGGAGCUUACAGUACAGAAACAGAACAUACUUUAUCAUCUUGGAGAAGAGUGGCAGAAGUUGAUUGUUUGGAAGUUCCCACCAUCAAAAGAUACCAGCAGCUUAGAAUCCUGCCUGCAAACAGAACUUCAUUUAUGCACUGAACAAUCCCAGAAAGAGGAGAAGACACCUACACCACCCAUCAGUUCUGUCCUUUUGGCGUUUUCUAUUCUUGGAGAACUACAUACUAAGCUUAAAUCAUUUGGUCAGAUGUUGCUGAAGUAUAUCCUUAGGCCUUUGGCAUCCUCCCCAUCCCUUCAUGCUGUGGUAGAAAGCCAGCCUAAAGCAGUUGUUGUUCGUUUUGAAUCUCUGAUGACUGACCUGGAACAUCCAUUACCAUCUGAAGCUUUUGCGAAGAUCCGACUGGUACUGGAAGUACUCCAGAAACAGCUUCUAGAUUUGCCACUUGACACUGACUUAGAAAAUGAAAAAACAUCUACAAUCAUAUUGGCUGAGAUGCUUGGUGAUGUGAUCUGGCAGGACUUGUCUGAGUGCCUCAUCAAGCACUGUUUGGUUUAUUCUAUUCCAACAAACAGCAGCAAGCUACACCAAUAUGAAGAGAUCAUACAGUCCACUGAAGAAUUUGAAAAUGCCCUAAAGGAAAUGAGGUUUUUAAAAGGGGACACUACUGAUUUGCUGAAAUAUGCUCGUAAUAUCAAUUCUCAUUUUGCUAAUAAGAAGUGCCAGGAAGUGAUUGUGACAGCCAGAAACCUAAUGACCUCUGAAAUUCACAAUACUGUGAAGAUUGUUCCUGAUUCUAAGAUAAAAGUCCCAGACUUACCCAGUCCUGGUGAAGAUGACAAACUAGCAGUGCAGAAAGUGUCUGCAGUUCAGUAUGAUGGAGCAGUGAAUUUAGAGCCUGAAAAUACACUGGACCAACAUUCUUUUUCUUUGCCCACAUGCCGCAUCAGUGAAUCAGUGAAGAAAUUAAUGGAGCUUGCCUAUCAGACUUUACAAGAAGCAACAACCAGUAGUGAUCAGUGUGCUGUUCAACUUUUCUACUCAGUGAGGAAUAUCUUCCAUUUGUUCCAUGAUGUUGUGCCAACAUAUCAUAAGGAGAAUCUUCAAAAACUUCCCCAGUUGGCUGCCAUUCACCAUAACAACUGUAUGUACAUUGCUCACCACUUGCUGACCCUGGGGCACCAGUUCAGGUUAUGUCUUGCGCCCAUUCUUUGUGAUGGCACUACUACCUUUGUGGAUCUUGUACCUGGCUUCAGAAGACUUGGGACAGAGUGUUUUUUGGCCCAAAUGCGGGUACAGAAAGGUGAACUUCUGGAAAGAUUGUCAAGUGCUAGGAACUUUUCAAACAUGGAUGAUGAAGAGAAUUAUUCUGCGGCAAGUAAAGCAGUUCGGCAGGUACUACACCAACUAAAGAGACUUGGAAUUGUAUGGCAGGAUGUCCUGCCAGUGAAUAUAUAUUGCAAGGCUAUGGGGACUUUACUAAAUACAGCAGUUUCUGAAAUCAUUGACAAAAUCACUGCCCUUGAGGACAUCUCUACUGAAGAUGGUGAUAGAUUAUAUUCCUUAUGCAAAACAGUGAUGGAUGAAGGACCCCAAGUAUUUGCACCUCUAUCCGAAGAAAACAAGAACAAGCAGUAUCAAGAAGAAGUUCCAAUCUAUGUACUAAAAUGGAUGCCUUUCAAAGAAUUGAUGAUGAUACUACAAGCUAGCUUGCAAGAAAUUGGAGAUCGAUGGGCUGAUGGCAAAGGACCCCUGGCAAGUGCAUUCUCUUCCAGUGAAGUAAAAGCUUUAAUUCGUGCCUUGUUCCAGAACACAGAAAGAAGAGCAGCUGCCCUUGCUAAGAUUAAAUAAUUACAUUUUUCUGAGAAAAA